GUCAGGCGCUCGGACCGUGCCGUGCCGUGCCGUGACCCGCUGCUCCGGCUAUGCUAGGGGGUGUCGCACCGGCAGAUGGUACCGCACAAAACACCGCACAAUAACAACAACCCGCCGCCGGUUGAGCGCGCGGCAGCAAACGACGGCGCUGCGGAGUUUGCGGGAGGUCUCUAGUGCGGCUGCGCGGAUUCUCAUGCGUCGGUAGUUUGGUGUCGGUUGUUUAUGUUUUAAGUUUGCGCCUGGGAGCUAACUGGCUAGCUCACUUCUGCUUGUGUUUGCAGGUCAAAAGUGAAACCAGAAACCGGAGCUUCAGUUAAAAGACACAAACACUGGUUCCUUCCUGGCUUUAGCAGCAGCUCCACCUUCGUCAUCAUGGACUCCUGAAGUCUCCAGGCUUCAGCGACUCCUCGGGUCGCUUGCGGGGUGGUUUUGGACCAGAGGUCACCGUUCAGCCUACGUCCUGUCUGACCUCCCGAGCAGACGGAGCGUUUGGGAACAGAUGGGGAGCAGCUGCUGUCACGCUGAAAGUCCCUGUGGCAACGCGGAGGAGAGAAGUGUUCUGCUGAAAAAUGACUCGAGGGCCACGACGGCCGCAGGCGAAACAACUGUGGUCGGCACUUGUGGCCCUGAAGGAGAUGAUGAGAUAAGGAAAACGCCUGAUGAUGAUAAUAAUAUAAAGGUGGAGGUGAAGGCUGUGCAGGUGAAGGCUGUGCAGGUGAAGCAGAGUCCUGAGGUUGGAGAGACGGAGCCCAAUAACACUCAGGAGAAUGGACCCUUGCAGGAGGUGGUCACACAAAAGGCGACACCUUCUCCGAGGAAAGGGUCUGAACCUAAAGAAAACUCCUCCAGAGCACAAGAUGAAGAUGCGAAGAACCGCCCCGCAGACGGUGAAGAAGCUGAACUUCUGCAAUGCACUUUCAACUCCCCGCAGAAAGCCACAGCUGAUUGGCAGGCUUUUAAAGCAACAAAUGCGGCGCCAAAAGAAGAAAAUCCAGCCUCGACGCAGGACAGAAUCCCUGAUAUCGCCUCACCAACGGCCGAGACAGUUUGCCCUGUAAACCAUACUGAGAUAAACACAACAAGCGAGCACAUCACAUUGGCCACCGCUCCUGAUAAUGAUGAAGAAGCAGGCUCCGAGGUCACCGUUGACAGCACUGUAGCCGAGCCGUCUGGGGAGUUUCCUCAAAAUAAUGAAGCGUUAUCUGUGCCAGACACUCAGUUUCCUGCAGCAGCUUGUCAGGUGUCGUCCAUCUCUGUGGUCGGUCAGGAGAUCGACAAAGAGUCUCCGAGCUGUGCUGUGACAGAGCAUUCAGAGAAUGGGAGUUCUUCAGUGUGCGAUGAGGCCGGUCCUGAAGUCAAAAAAAGCCAUGAUGUGUCUGUGUCUGAGUCUUCUCCUGGAUCCGAGCCCUCAGGACUCAACCACAGCGGUGAGGAACGAAACGCCGCCAACUUUGUCGGGGAGCCAGAGACCACAGCACCGGCAGACGCCAGCGAGAGCUCAAAGUCAAAUCAGGAUGCAAAGCCAGAUCUUGAGUGUGCAACGACGAGCUCGAAGGAGGUCACUUCCUCGGAGAGCAUCAAACAGGAUGUUGGGGAGGAAAGGAAAGACCACGAGAAAGAUGGAGAUGUUCCCGUAGCGAAGGAGGGCGAAGAGAUUAAGGAGGAGGUGGAAAUCUCUCCCUUAGAGGCCGAGACUGAAGCUGGGAAUGAUGCUGAGGUCCCGGAGUUAACUGGAAAAGAGGAGCAGGCAGGGAGCACAUCCACCGGUGUAACAGCUGACGAGAUAUCCGUCACAGAGAAUGAAGACUUUGCUGAAGAUGGCCUGGGGAACAGUGAAGAAGACUUGUACAGAGGAGCCGAGGAGCUGUCAGCAUCGCGAACAAAUAAACCAGGAACACUUUUAAAGGUGGAGGACAGAUGCAGUUUGGCCCCAGCCGUGGACAUUCUGUCUUACAGUGAGAGAGAGUGGAAAGGAAACACUGCCAAAAGUGCUCUCAUUAGAAAGGGUUAUGAAGAGAUGUCCCAGAGGUUUGGCAGCUUGAGGAGAGUGAGGGGAGACAACUACUGUGCCCUCAGAGCGACACUGUUCCAGGUGCUCUCCCACAGCACCCAGCUGCCCUCAUGGCUGCAGGAGGAGGACGUUAUUACGCUGCCGGAGCAACUUGAGGCCCAGGAAGGUCUGAUAAGUCCGUGGACAUUUCCUGGAGAAUGCCUGCAGGGAGAUGGGACGGGAGAUGCCACACUGCAGCUAAAAGGCUACAUGGAGCUUCUCAGAAAUAAGUGGCAGGCAGCAGUGGACUGCCCCUCGGCUGUGGAGCGGCAGCAGCUGUGCGAGCAAGUGUUUCAGGGAGGAGAAGAGGAGCUGGGGCUGCUGGAGGCGCUGAAGCUGCUGAUGCUGGGCCGAGCGGCGGAGCUGCACGGCUGCAUGCUGACCGGGGAAGACGUCCCGCUCUUCUGCUGGCUGCUGUUCGCCCGGGACACGUCAGACUGCCCGCGCUCCUUCCUCUCCAACCACCUCAGCCACGUGGGCCUCAGUGCCGGGCUGGAGCAGGUGGAGAUGUUCCUGCUGGGCUACGCCUUGCAGUGCACCAUUCAAGUUUACAGACUGUACAAGGCCGACACGGAGGAGUUUGUCACCUAUUACCCAGACGACCAUAAGGACGACUGGCCGUCCGUGUGCCUCGUCACAGAGGACGAUCGCCACUACAAUGUGCCAGUCGUAGACGCCGCAGAGCACGAGGAGCUCGACUCGAGCUGAUCGUUCACUGCAGAGAAAUCUCCUGCCAUACAAACACUCCUCAGGUCGAUCAUGAUUAAUAGAUUUACGCCAAUUAAAGGAACAGUUUGACAUUUUGGGGAAAAGCUUUUUUUAGCUGAGAGUUCAGUGAGAAGGUUGAUAUCACUCAGUCUGUCCAUUAAAUAUGAAGCUAGCUUAGCUUAGCACAGAGACUGGAAAUGGGAGGGAAACAGCUAGCCUUGCCCUGUCCUAAGGUAAUAAAAUCAGCCUGGCAGCACCUCUCUGGCUCAUUGGUUAACAGGUUGUAUCUUGUUUGUUUCACCUGAACACAAACUGAAGGGUAAAAAUGACACAUUGCGGUGUUACAGACUUUCCCAUCACCUUGAGGUUAAACAAACAAGAUAAAACGUGAUAAUUAGUCAGCUUUAGAGCUACUGGUACGUGGAUUUUAUUACCUUAGGACAGAGCAAAUUCCCCUCUUUCCAGUCUUGGUGCUAAAAGAGUUAUUAUAGUUUUCGGAUUUUACAUUAGUUUUAAUUUGUUUUUAAUUCAGUUUACUUUCCAGCGUGGGUUUGUUCAUUUAAGUUUAGUUUUUUGUUGUUUAAAAAUAUUAGUUUCAGAAUUAGUUUUAGGGUUUUUUUUAUAUUGUCAUAUAAAGGGGUAUUUGUCAGGGGCAAGAUUUAAGAAGUUCAGUAAAGGUAUUACAAAACAAGCACAUUCACAGUCUCCAUAAACAUAUCCACCAACGCCUCCUCAGGGUUGCUACGUUGACAAAUCUGACCAAAUUGAGACUAAAACUGAAGGUAUUUUUAUUUCAUUUUAGUUAGUUUCGUAAGUACCCACUAUUGUUUCAAUUAGAAUUUGUUUUUACCCAAAGUCUAGUCUGUUUUGUCCCCCCCAGUUUAAUCUUGGUGCUAAGCUAACUGGCUGCUAGGGUUUGCUUCAUAUUUAGCGUACAGACAUGAGAGUAAUAUUGAUCUUCUUCCUCGCGACAAGUAGGCAAAUAAGCAUACCAUCCAAAAUGUCUAUUCCUUUAACAAUAUGCUGAUUUGAGACCCUGUACAAGAUGUGGUUUACACACGUUUGUACACACUGUACUGUAUACAGAGUUUUCUAUUUGGGUGUGUGUACAUAUAUGUGCAUCUGAUAUUGCAGGAUCAUCUCAGUUGAGUCCCAAAUUAGUUUGAAGGACAAGUUUUUCUGAGCAAUCCCGAUUUAAAAACAAAAAAACAAAAAAAAAACAAAACAAAAAAACAGUGGAGCUGCCAACAGCAGCCAAAGUGAUGAGAUGGUUGGUGUUUACACUGGAAUCCAAGUGCUUUGAUUUGUGUUUUAAUUUAUUAUUUUUCAUAAUGUCGGAAAAAAAAAGAAGGAAAAAAGCAUCUUAAAUUAAGAAGACUGGAAGUCGUAGGUGAAACGACUGAAUCAGUCAGUCAGUGAAAGGUUAGAUGAUUUAUCAGGUUUAACAACAGCUCACAACAGAUGACGAUUGGAAGACUUAAUCGCAGCCUCUGUGUCAGAGGAUUUGUGGUGGUCUGUGUGUGUGUUUACAACUGUGUGUGUGUGUGUGUGUGUGUCAAACUCAAUGUGUAACAUGUUGCCUUUAACCAAGCUGUUCUGAAGGGAAAGAAAUGUGCCAAUAUUGCUGCAAAUACUGGCAACAGUCCCCAACCACCAGCCACUGGAUUCAGUAGUAAACGCUCGCUUGGUCCUCCAUGUUGCCUUAGAAAUAAUGCACAAUAAGAAUGAAUGUGGGUUAGAGAUAAGAGGCCAUUUCCUCGCCCUGAUUCCAGAGCAGGUGAGAGUGAUAUGUUAACAGUAAAACAUUGAUUAUGCCAUUUGCAGGAAUGUUCUUUGUUGUGUAAGAUUUUUUGGAUGGCAUUUAGAUAAAAUUAAGGUAAAAGUUUUUGUAAGUCUUUUUUUUUUUUUCUCUUUUGGUUUAAUCAGCUUGAUACUUUUUUGACUGUUCCUAAUUUCAUGAGAACUAUAAACAUGAUUUAAAACUGAGGUUUCAGAAGUUCACUACAGAAAAUGACACGUUACAUCUGUUUGGACUCUGUCUGUAAAACAUGGUUGAAUACAAAAGGAUUUUCCAAAGCUCUA